UUAAACGAUGACGCUGACGUAUGCGUUAUAUACGCGGGCUUUUUGAUGUUAUUUGUUGCCUGCCUCAUAUCUUUCAUCACAUUGCCAGGACAAACCGAUCUCUUUAAUUUUUAUUCUGUUCUUUCUACGUGACAUUCGAUAACUUCUGAUGAGACUGGAUAGUUUAACAGUUUAUAAAGUGAUACGGUUAGAAAUUAUAUUCAAAACUUUUCAACUUACAACUUUGCAACAAAAAUCUCCGACAAUGUAUUAAUUAUUCAAAAUAACAUCAUGAGUUCUGAUUUGAUCAUUGAAUCAGGCUUACAAGUUGUUACGAGAUUAAUCGAUCGACCGUCAGUUGAAGAUUUGGAUAAUGAUCUAUUUUUUAAUAAACUGAGAAAUACUGAUGUUGUUGAAUUGCGAGGUACUGUUUCUAGUAGACUUAAUUUAUUAUUAACUAAAUUAAUCGUGAAAUGUAUUUUGCCACUGCAGUAUAACGGUUUCAGUAUAGAUGUGUUACUUAUAAACACAGAAAAUCAAUUUAGAGUUUCUCAUCUUGUCAAUAUUUUAAAAGAUGAAAUAUCUGCUAUCCAAGGACCCAUUAAUGUAGAUAGUAUUGUAGAAAAAUUGUUGAAUAAUUUAAAAAUUAUCAACUGUUAUAAUUAUUAUCAGUUUUUUGUAACUAUAAAUUCACUGGACAACAUAUUAUUGAAAAAUAAGAAAGUAGGAAUGAUUGUACUUGAUAGUAUUAGUGCAUACUAUUGGUUACAAAAAGAUGAAUUGUCUUAUAAUUCAUAUGUCAUGAAAAUGUUGAAUAUUAUUAGAAAAAUUACAAUAGAAUUUAAAGUAGUAACUUUAUAUACAAAGCAGUAUAACUUUGAAUCAAAGAGAGAAACUGUGGAAUGGCAUGAAGGAAAAAAAUAUUUGAGGUAUUUAAUAUCAUUAUCUAGAAAUGAGGAUUCCAAUGAACUAAUAUGUAAUAUUCAGUCAGGAAAAGAUAAAAAGCAACUAUAUUAUAAGAUUAAUGGGUCUAACAUUGUUUGGGUAGAAAAAGCCAGUAAAAAGAUCAUAGUUUGUUAA